AUGUGGAACAUCAACUGCGGCUCGUGGAACUUCAACUGCUUCUACCGCAGGCGGAACACGGGAGGACCUUUCGGGCAUCACCAACGCAAGCGGGUAAUUGCUUGUUGUUUUCGACGAUGGCCAACGUCUCAGCAGGAGCUGCUUCCGUUCUGGACCACGCGUGGUUCGUGCACCAAUAAAGAUCGGAGUUCCUUCCGCAACCGCGAAACCAUCUCCGUCCACAUCGGCCAAGCCGGCAUCCAGCUCGGGAACGCCACCUGGGAGCUGUUCUGUCUGGAGCACAACAUUGACCGCAACGGGAAGCUGACCCAGGAAUCCGGCGGCACUCCCGACGGCGAAAACAGCUUCUGCGGGACGUUCUUCGAGCACACCGAGAAGGACCGGUAUGUUCCGCGGGCGAUCCUGGUGGACACGGAACCAACGGUGGUGGACCAGGUCCGGAGUGGUCCGUACAGGGAGUUGUUCCACCCGGAGAAUCUGAUCAGUGGGAAGGAGGACUCGGCGAACAAUUUUGCGAGGGGGCACUUCAACGUGGGGAAGGAGUUGCAGGAGUCGGUGAUGGAGGUCAUCCGGAAGAAUGCAGAGGAGGCGAACAGCUUGCAGGGGUUCUUCCUGUUCCACUCGUUUGGGGGAGGGACUGGAUCGGGGGUUUCGUCGCUGUUGGCGCAGCAGCUGGCGGAUCACUUCAACAAGAAGUGCCGGCUUGAGGUGGCCAUUUAUCCUUCGCCUCAGGUGUCUACAAGUGUAGUGGAGCCGUACAAUUCCGUGCUGACGACGCACGCCUCGAUGGACAACGUGGACUGUACGUUCCUGGUGGACAACCAGGCAAUCUACGACAUCUGUCAGGCCAAGUUACGGGUUGAUAGACCGAUGUACAGCAACCUGAACAGGUUGAUCAGUCAGGUCGUGUCUAGUAUUACGGCUUCGCUGCGGUUUGGAGGGGCGCUGAACGUGGACAUGAACGAGUUCCAGACAAACCUGGUACCCUACCCGAGGAUCCACUUCCCGUUGACCUCGCUGGCACCGGUGAUUUCCGUCGAGAAGGCUGCCCACACCACUAUGACCAUCGCGAAGAUGACCUCGCAACUGUUCAAAUCGGACAACCUGAUGGUCAAGUGCAACCUCAAGUCCGGCAAGUACAUAGCGUGCUGCCUGCUGUACCGCGGAUCGAUCGUGCCGCAGGACAUCAACGUGGCCAUAGGAGCAGUCAAAGCACGUCGUUCGAUCCAGUUCGUGGACUGGUGUCCGACGGGGUUCAAAAUCGGCAUCAACUCGAAGCGUCCCGUUACGAUGGCCGGAAGUGACCUGGCACCGGUCCAGCAGGGAGUUGCGCUGUUGGCGUCGAAUACGGCCAUCGCGGAGGCUUGGCAGCGGUUGGACCACAAGUUCGAUAUGAUGUACAUGAAGCGGGCGUUUGUGCACUGGUUUGUGAGUGAGGGCAUGGAGGAGUCGAUGUUUGUCGAGGCUCGGGAGAAUUUGGCCACGCUAGAAAUGGACUACAGGGAGGUGACCAAUGGGGGUGAUUCAAACGACACUAGUGAAGAAUGCUGACUGUUUGGAUAUGUUUUG